AUGUUUAUUCUUCCAUUUCUGUUGCUUCACUUGUCAAUCUUGUACACACAGAUCGACAAUCAACCGUUUUUCAAGAACUGCUAUCUACCACUUAACGACUUGUGGACAGUGCCUCCUCAGAAUCCGCACAACAAGGCUGUGCAUGGCUUGCACAACGUGGCAGCGGUACGCGAGCACGCUGAAGCCUCGGGUAACAAAGCAAACGAAGAGCACGCUGAUGCGAGGUUAGAGAAGAAGCAUGACCCAUCUACAACGGGUGUCGAUGGACACGAGGAGCCGGAUCUGUUCGCGCAAACUCUACUGGAUAUCGGAUUCGAAUGCAAAGGUGACCGGACAAUUUCACGUGUGGUGACCAAUUCACCCGCUUUCAAGCACCAGUUGGUAGUGGGGAAUGUCAUAGUGCAGUUGAACGAUGCGUCGACCAGCAGUAUCGAAGGCGACAGGUUCUUCAUAAUGCUGAAACAUUGUUUACUGGAGGAACGGAUACACAUAGUGCACUGCCACGUUACGGUGGCGCGGGAAAUGGCUAGAGGUCUCAGAAUUAUGCUUGAAUUCUACAAGCGACACAAGAGCAUCAAUGAAUACGUCAACGAGACACUAGCCUUGGACAGUUUACAUCCAUACAACCUGGCGGCGUGCGAUGACCCCGCACUGAAUCAAGUAUCGACGAUUGAGCACGAUGUCACGAAACUAGAAGCAAAAUUGAAAAAGGCACAUUUCAAGCUUCAGUCCCGUUUGAAGCCAGCCGCGUCGAAUAGUUCCCUGAAUGUAAGUAAGCAUCCCAGCGGCGCAGUGACUGCCCCCAAUUCGCCAAGCAAUACGCCACGGGGGUCUUAUGCCCUUCCCGAUAACAGUAGCGACCCUGCAAUCGCAGAAUCACAGCUCCCACCGCACAUCCAGCGUGUCACAGCAACAAGGUCCGCUGGUCCAACGCGGCGAGCUUCAGGCAGUGAUGCACGAUGGUCAUUAUCAUGGACACAUCGCACAACGUCCGUCCAAGAGGACGCAAAGUCACAGGCCCGAGGAUCACAGACGCACGAUCUUCAAUCAACUCGUGCGGAGAGUAAAUCACCCGAGACGCAUCACCGCGUGUGGUCGAGGUUUUUUAGGCACUAA